AUGCCAGAAAUCCCAGUAGGCGCGCAGAUUUUCGACGUCGUCUUUCACCCCACAGUCUCGACGGUCUAUGCUGGCCUCCUCACAGGCCACGUCAAAGCUUUUGCCUACGAUGAACAAGGCAACCACAAGGCUCUUUUUUCCGUUCGGCCAUCCAAGUCCUCAUGCCGAGGCUUGUCGUUAGAUGAAGAUGGGAAGCACUUGUACGCGGUUGGGAAAGCGAAGGCGCUGUACACAGUUGAUACGGCUACUGAGGCUGUUGACGCUCGGGCUGGAGCACAUGACUCGACUAUAAAUCGCGUAAAAUAUUUGAUGCCAUGGCUGCUAGCAACAGGAGACGAUGACGGUGUCGUAAAACUCUGGGACACGCGUCAACGAGACGCUACGCGGACGUACACGCAACACUUCGAUUAUAUUACGGAUUUUCUCUGGUUAGACAACAAAAAGCAGGUCGUGGCUACGAGCGGCGAUGGCACGUUGUCUGUCAUGGAUGUACGAUCUCAAAAGCCAGAGCCUGUUGCUCAAUCCGAGGAUCAAGAAGAUGAGCUUCUCUCAAUCGUCUCCAUUAAAGGCGCUUCAAAAAUAGUAGUGGGAACACAACUUGGGAUCCUCUCCAUUUUCAAUCGCUCUAGCGGCUGGGGAGACUGCGUUGAUCGUAUACCUGGACACCCCCUAUCAGUCGACGCGCUAUGUUCUUUGCCCUCUGAACUGCCAAAUGUCGACACCUCGAGUACCAUUCUGACUGGGUCGUCCGACGGGAUGGUUCGCGCUGUUCAAAUUUUACCCACUAAACUCCUAGGUGUCGUGGUCGACCAUGGUGAAUGGCCUAUCGAGCGAAUCUCAAUAGGAGGAGGGUGUGGCCAAUUGACCAUCGAAUCAAAAGACAAGGAUCCAAACACUGUCACGUCCGCCGGUAAUGACGGCAAUGACAAGGAGUCUCUGCAAAGGAGGUGGUGGGUUAGCAGUGUGGGUCAUGAUGAAGUCUUGCGACUGACAGACCUUGAGGGAUUUUUUCGGGACAAUGAGAACGACGAAAAUACUCGCGGGGCCCUGGGUGUGGAUGUGCGUGGCGAGGACAGUGACGUCGAGGAAGGCGCUGAUCCCGGAGGCGGUGGGGAGGUCUCUCAGGAAGUGCGGGGAUCUGGGGACCGUGGCCCUCCCUCGGCCGACAGAGAAAAGGAGGGAGAAGAUUCGGGAGAAGAGUCCGAGGAGCCACCCCAACCCAAAAAACGGAAGCGGCAAUCCGAGAGGGAACCUCCUGCGAUACCCACCAAAAAGAAAAAGGCAAAGAAAGUCGUCGUUGUUGAGCGUUCCUUUUUCGAUGGCCUGUAA